CUGCUCAUUUUGUACAUUAGUCGCAUCCAUUUCUAUUUUUAGACUUGGAAAACAUAUAGUUGGAUCUUCUCAGAAGAACAGAAAAUGAGUAUUAGCUCUACUGGAAAUCGUCUAAGUCGAAAUCUUUUAUCAACAUUGCCAAAAUACCUGUUUGAUCUUCCACUUAAAGUUUUGGUAGUCAGUAAUAAUAAGCUGGUCUCCAUUCCGGAAGAAAUUGGGAAGUUGAGAGAUCUAAUGGAAUUGGAUGUUAGCUGCAAUGAACUUCAGGUCCUUCCCCAGCAAAUAGGAAAACUACAGUCACUUAGAGAAUUAAACAUAAGAAGAAAUAAUCUCCAUAUGUUGCCAGAUGAAUUAGGAGACCUUCCCUUGGUAAAGCUGGAUUUUUCUUGUAAUAAAAUUACAGAAAUUCCAAUUUGUUACAGGAAGCUACGUCAUUUACAAGUAAUAGUUUUGGAUAACAAUCCAAUGCAGAUACCACCAGCACAGAUAUGUUUAAAGGGUAAAGUACAUAUAUUUAAAUUCCUCAGCAUUCAGGCGUGCCUCAGAAUAGAUAAAAAACCAGAUUCUUUGGAUCUUCCAUCACUGGGUAAACGAAUCCCCUCCCAGCCACUCACAGACAGCAUGGAGGACUUUUAUCCCAAUAAAAACCAUGGACCAGACUCUGGCAUUGGAAGUGAUAAUGGGGAUAAAAGGUUGUCCGCAACAGAACCAUCUGAUGAUGAUACAAUCAGCCUUCACUCCCAGGUAUCAGAAUCAACAAGGGAACAGACAUUAAGGAACGACAAUCAUGUGGUGGGAAGUAAACUCGAUCCACAGAAAGACCAGGAGGUGUAUGAUUAUAUUGAUCCGAAUGCAGAAGAGGGAGCUGUUCCUGAGCAAGGAGAUGCACAGAUUGGACCAUUGCUGUCUUAUAUGAAGGACCGGGGGAAGCAUCCUGAGAAAACCCAGAAGACGCAACGGAAUGAAGAGUGGGGAGAUGAAAAAAGACUUCAGAAAGAACAGCUCCUGCCUGAAGAAGAUGAUGAAAUCAAAGAAGUGACUGACCUGAGGAAAAUAGCAGCUCAGUUACUGCAGCAAGAACAAAAACACAGACGAAGGCCAUUAAGCUAUAGAACUUCAUUCAGUGAAAAACUCUUCCAGAGGACAAGGGCGGCAGGACGUGCAUCAAGGCUUCUUAAUCAUUCAGCUUCAGUAAGCACGAGGAACAGACCGAAGCAGCCAAUGGAAUCUGAGAAAUGUGUCUCAACAGAUGAAGGGAAUUCUCCGUUGUCUCCAUACAGUUGGCAGCCAUUGGAAAACCAGAAGGAUCCAAUGGAUGAGCAGCAGUGGCCAGAAACACAGCCAGUGAUUUGGCAGAAUGAAGAAAGAAGGAGAAGUAAACAAAUUAGAAAAGAGUAUUUCAAGUAUAAGUCUUCCAGAAAGAGUUCAAGUGGGAAUGAAAAUGAUGAGCAAGACAGUGAUAAUACUAAUGUGUCCCCACAGUCUCCUGUGUCGUCUGAGGAUUAUGAAAGGACAGACAGUAACACUCAUGGUCCAUUUGGUCUCAAACCAAGGUCAGCUUUUAGCCGUACAUCUCGCCAGGACUAUGGAGCAGUGGAUCCUGGAUUUACAAUGAGGAGGAAAAUGGAGCAUUUAAGGGAAGAAAGGGAACAAAUAAGACAGCUUCGGAAUAAUCUUGAAUCAAGGUUAAAAGUAAUUUUGCCAGAUGAUAUUGGAUCAGCAUUGAUGGAUGGAGUCGUUCUUUGCCAUUUAGCCAAUCACAUAAGGCCACGUUCCGUUGCCAGCAUUCACGUACCAUCGCCAGCAGUGCCUAAACUCAGUAUGGCAAAGUGCCGAAGAAAUGUUGAAAACUUUCUUGAUGCUUGUAAAAAAUUGGGCGUUCCACAGGAAAGACUUUGCUUGCCUCAUCACAUACUGGAGGAAAGGGGUCUGGUGAAAGUUGGCCUCACAGUUCAAGCUCUGCUUGAGUUACCUACGUUGAAACUCUCUCAGCUUUCCUCCAUGUAACAUGACUUCUUGGAAGCUAAGCAACUUACCAUUCAGUCUGUUGAUAUGGAUUGCUCUGGGGCAAUUUAGCUUCCUAAAUUGGAACAUCCAAGCCAUCAAAAACUAAUGUGUCCAGAUGCUAUAGAGAGCCUUACUUUGGAGUUAUACAUAAAACCUGGGAGUCAGCUGACAGUUAACAGAACAUACUGAUUUUUUUUUUGUUUGUAACUGGAUGCACAAAGAGGUUGAAGUUCUCUUUCCAGUUAACAUGAGUCAAAAGCUGCCGUAAAAGCUGCUGUAACAUCUCCUGAUGUUACAGUUAAAAGCUGAAUUUCUUUUUCUACAUUGAAAAUGUUGUUUGAAUUUCUUUAGAAGUACAAAACCCAAACCCCUUGCUUGAAAGAUUAAAGUCAAUCAUUUGAUUUAAAGGUAAAACAAAAAUGUAGCAUUGGUAUGAUAGUAAAAAUCUGAGUUGACUGAUCCCAUGUAAUCCACUUCUAAUACUCUUUCAGAAAGCUUAACCUUUGAGUUCUUUAUUUCUUGCACUCCUGAUGGUAACUUACACACUUCUAACAUUGCCAGUAUGUAGUCUGAGUUUAUGGUAAUUAUACAAAACAGUAUUGAAUGGGAAAAAGAACACGUUUUGAGUUUUUCCAGUCUUCUAGGUUGGUGCCAAAUAUUUUUUUCAGUUGUACUGUAGAUUGUUUACAUGUGAAGUGCCUGUGUAAUUGAUAACUCUUAACAGUCUUAAACAUUUUUGCAAUUUCUUUGUUUAAAAUAGAUACAAUGGGAAUUUUUAAAUAUUUUAAUAGUUUUUUGUAAAGUCAGUUUGUGAAGAUUUAAAUAAUACUUCACUCUUUUGAUGUUGGAUGUUUUAAGUUUGCACAAUUUAAUUGGUUAUUUUAUUGUCUAAUGAUUAGAAAAUACUGUAAAUACAUUUUAUUUAUGAUAUUUAAUUUGAUACGUAAUCACUUUUGUUUUAAUGUAUUGUUGGACAAAAAAGGUUGUCUGCUUUCCUUUGUUUGGGACAAACAGUGACGUACAUGGUGAGUAAGACGUAAGGAUUAGCGAUGCAGACAAAGUAAUUUAGGACAUUUUUGAUAAAACUGCCAAAAUCUCAGGUUUAUGCUAUGACUUUCAGAAUUUUAUGUAAUAUUGUUCCUGAUCUCACAUUACAUUUUUACAACAGGUAUAUCCAUAAUUUAGUUGAAAAAUAUCAGUGUUAGGUGUUUAUUUUUAGCGUUUACAGGGUUUACUGUAGAACUUACAAAAGUGAGUGGCAUAGCACACAAAUCGGUUUGUACAAAUGUCACUGUGCUGAGACAUUAGACUUUCCUGGACAAAUGUGGAAAAAAGAAAUUCCCACAGUGGUAGUUGUUUGAAACUUCCGGGUAUAUAUACUCGUUUGCUUCUGCACAACUUCUCAGUGUUUUGAGAACGUUCUGUAACCAUAUGCAAUUGAGUUCCUCUCCAAAAAAGUUGCAAGUCAUUUAGUAAUUUUAGUAAUAAGUCUGUUUGCAUUAGUUGUUCUUCAUAAAUAGGUAGCUCAAAAAAAAAAAAGAAGAAGAGGGGAGGGGUGGGGGAAGAUCUUAGGUUCCGACUGUGUCACUGAUUUUUCUGGUUUAAGCUGUUAAUUUAGAUUAAGGGAUAUGUUUGCCAAGUGUGUAACAAAAUUUAAUUCUGUUCUUGCCAAUUGAUCCAGAAACCAUUUGAUAAAAUUCAUAAAAGAAUGAGGGAGGGGUAUCACUUACUCCUUAUUUCAGUUAUAAUAGUCUUUAGUUUUUUCUCUCAACUUCUGAUAUUAAACUUCCAGUUAAAAGAUUUUUAAAAUAGUGUAACUUUAAAAAAAUGCAGUAAAACAGACUGAUUCGUGUGUAGUAAUUAAAAUACACUAUUGUUCAUAUAGUGUAUUCUCAAAGUGCGACUCACUGAAAAGUUAGUUAAAACUUAAUCUGCAAAGUCAUCAUUAUAAAUUGUUGGUUACAUAAAUAUUUGCUUAAGGAAACUGGAUUGCCUUGACUUUGAAACAUGCUCGUUUGUUUAUUGCUAAUUGUUUUUUCAAAUCAUUCACAUAAAAUAGAGCUAUAAGUUUUAAAAAUGAGUAUCUUUCACUAAAGGCAGUAUCAGAAGUCUUGCUAAGACUAAAAUGAGUAAGCUUAAAGUAAUUCACUAAGCUAGAUUCUUCUUGGUGUCUCUGCCGCACUUGUAGAACGUAACCAUUUUUAGAAUGGUUUGUUGUCUUUCGGUUCCUUGCUACGAUACUUGACUACAAAAACAACAAAAAGUGCUCUAUUUUAGUGUGGUAGCCACAGACUUGCGAACUGUAAAGAAAUUAAAUUUUUACCUAGAUUAUAAAGACUAGAACAGAUUUACACUACUAUUUCAUUGUCAUAUUUUUAAUGUGUUCUGGUCUUGAAGUAACGCUUUAUUUCUUCCAAUUAGAGCCAAAUUCAUUCUUGAUAGCUUGCUGACUACAGUGAUUUUUUUUUCAUUUAUUGAUUAUUUUUCAUUUCUUGGAAAAAAAAAAUAAUUAUAUGUCAGGGGCAUUAUAGUUAUCAUCACGAUGUAAACGCUAAGAAUUCUCUUGUAUGCCAGCUGCUUACUGAUUUUUCUUUUUUUAAACUUAUCCCAUUAUUUCCUAAAUAACUUGAAAAUUACCAAUGAAGUACUCAUUUUGAAUUAUAUCUUUUAAAUUGAAAAUGACUAAAACAACUUUUUUUUUUUUUUUAAGGCGUUCUGGUGUUCUUCCAGGCAAACUUGCUAGAAGCAGUCAUGCUUUGCCAUUUUUUGGAAAUUAUGGCACUCUUCAUGCUUUCCAGCAGACAUCAUGGGAAAAGGAUAAUCAUGAUUCAUACAGGAUUUCCUUUCUAGCAUUGCAAAGAUAAAGGCCUUCCAGUAUUCACAGGAGCAGUUUGAGGAGCGGUCCAGCAUGUCUGGAUGAUUCUUUACUCAUCUUUCCUUAGCUGCUUUCACAAAAGCUCUAAAGCCAUGCUACAAUUAGCAAACAACUGCAAAAGAGAUACUAAAAAAGUUGGUGCAGCACUCACUUUUAAAAUGGCCAGUGGAAAUACUUGCUGUCUUCCCUAUAUGAGAAUUCGCCUACUGUCCCCUCUCCCUUUCCAUUUGAUCCCAGCAUCUCUUUCUUUCGUUUUCUCUUUGUUCACAGAUCCUGUAAUUUCACUUUGUUUGUUACUGUAUACUCCUCUGCCCACUCCCUCUUUACUUUUUGUAAGAGAAUAUUGCUCCAGUGGCAAUAGUGAACUACUGUGAUCCCAAAAUCCCUGCUCCCAACAUUUGGUACAUUUGAGAUAACCUUUUUCUAUUUUGUUUAGCAUAUAAAGUGAUUACUUAAUAUUUGGCACAGCUGAUGGGGGUUUUUAAAGCGUUUAUCAGAGGUCUGCCAAAUUCCUAUUGGGGUCAUUUGAGGUUUUUACUUUUGACUUGAAGAAAGGACAACUUUAAAAGCUUUAGGAAAAUUCAUUAAACUUUCCUAAUAAAUAUAAGAGUUACUAGGGUGCUUUUGUUAUUGUGAAUGCUAUACAAAGUUAAUGCAAUAAUGCAAUAGGAAACUGUAAAUUACGGAGUGAAUCAGCUUAUUGACAGAGGGCUUCUGGCCUUAUGUGGUUUUUUUUUCCUAUUUCUUAUGUCGCUGGAUGUUUGAAUGGCUGCACUAUGUCACACGUGAAUGAUCUUUCCUUUAAGCAAUAAUGUCCCAGAUAUUGUGAGAUCUUAAAGUAGUGGCAUUAAAAUGUUUGUUUUAGAGUUUGGUGACUUCACAUGCAGUAUCUCAGAAAUGCUUCUCAGCCAUUAUAUUAUAUAGCUAAUUCUGUGUGCUAGUUGGGGUAUUGCAGAGGAUCCAGGAAACCCAAUUAUACCCCUAUAGCUGAAGAUCUUCAAAAAUACAACUGAGAAUGAAAGUAUCAUAAAACGUAGAGGAAUACAUCUGAAGCAGUAAAUAAACUUAACUGUGACAUGAAUAAUCAUAAAUUCUGGGUAAAAUCCUAGCUCCACUGAAAUCAGUGUAAGUUUUGCUGUUGACUUCAGUAAAGAUUUCGCUCUCCUAAUUUAUAGAAAACCGAAGCUGCAGACCAUGGCCAAUGUGGUUUGCUUAAGCUUGUUUGACUUGAGCAAAGCUUUAGUUUAGAAAUUCUUGGCAGUAGUGUUUUGCAGGGACUGUUGUAAGCUAACAUAACUCUAAAAGAAAUGACUAAAAUCAGUGAUCUCUGGUAAAUCAAAGGCAGCUAUAAAACAUUACAUUGAUCUGUUUAUUUAAAAAUAUUCUCAUGUGCUAUAAAAAAUAUUAAGAUGGUAGGAAAAAUUACUCCGAAGCACAGUGUUCAUACUCUGGAAAGCUAUGUAGCCUCAGUGAAAGUACAGGUGUGAGGACUACUAUCAGGUUUUUUUGUUGCUCUGAAAACGUUCUUAUUUCAAAUAUAUUGUGAUUUAGCAGCAGUAUUUUCAGAUUAUUGACAUAAAGCUGUGGCCAAAUUUAAACCAAAAUUGAAAAGACCUGGGUUGUUUUCCACUAACCAAAUUUGCACGUUUCUUCUCAAUAACGAAGAAGAGAGCAAAGCUUCGGCAUUACUUCCUUUUGCUAGUUUCUUAAAUACUUGUGCAAAAGGUAGCUCUUGUAUACAAUAGGGCUGCUGUCUUCCUGACUGAGAAUAAAUCUGUGUACCAAUGCAGAGAUAAGCACAUUAAUAAUGUACCAAAGCUUAGUCCACUGAUGGGCAAAAAAAUCAGUCAACCUUAACUUAAACCAGUGUAUUUUUCACUCUCUGAAUUGUGGAUUUCAUCUUAAAGCACUUAAAGCAGUAGUUUUUGCAGCAUUUUUAGCACUUCCUCUAGAUAGGAGAUGAUUUUGUAUUGGUAAACCAAAUUUAUUGUUUUCCUCACUAAGUCAGGGCAGUAGAUGUGUUUCCGUUGAGAAGUACAUCAUGCUAAACAGUGACCUUUACAUUCUUCAAAAAACAAACCAACCAAACAGAAAUCAUUGGUGAAAUACUUCAUGUUUACAGAUGACCCUUUUGAAUUAAAAAACAAACAAACAAACAAACCAUGAUCUGCAAUUGGAAAGGAGGAGGAGAGGGCGCUCCUUGUCCGAGGAGAAGGCACUCUCUGAUUUCAUAGUGAAUAACUUUACAAUGAAGGGACUUUAGGAAAGAAUUAGUAGAGAAAGGAAUACGUGAUUUCAAACUACUGUACCUUAAGGAAAGCAGGCCAGUUGCUGGAGGAUCCUUAGUACUCAGAGCUGUCUGCACAAGUUACGGUCAUGAGAGUCCUCGUGAGGCAAGGAGCCCCGGAGCGUGUGUCAGGGCUCGCCUGCGUGGUCCCUGUGCGACGUCUCAAGGGAACGUCCUUCCGCCUAGUAGGCUGCAGAAUUCUUUUAAAAAAAAAAAAUCUUUGGAAUCUAAACAAACACACUAAGAAAAGCAAUAAUAUUUUUUAAGAGUAAUAGAUAAGUAGGCAUUUGCCAAUGUUUAACUUCCACCAGCAAAUCCUGGUGUAGUGGGCUGGAGAGAAAGCUUACUCUAGGAGCUAGAGAACGUCACUGACUGAAAAUCUGCACCAUGCCUCUAACAGAUUAGCGUAUGUUGUCCUGUCAAAAAAGAGAACAAAAACAGUAAUAGGGUUUUCCACCUGGACAACAUACUGUGGCAUGUACAAAUGGAGGAAAAUGCAAACUGCCAUUUUUUUUAAUCAGGAAUUUUAUGGCACGAUCUUAUGGAAACAUAAAUAUGAAAGUAAAAUCUAUUCUUCUCCUGGAAAGAAAAAAAAAUCCUGUUGAUUUUGACUGUUAAAAUAGAGAGGAUUUCUGAUCAACUUAAUAUCAAUUUAAACUUGCCCCUGUACUGGGGUAGUUCUGACUCAUUCAGCUUUGUUUUGUUUGUCUUAAAUAUUUCACAUAGUACAAUUCCGACAGUAUAUUACUUAAAAUUGUGAUUAUAUGUUGUAUUUGUUCCAUGGUUGUUUUAGACCUACUUUUUCUGGAAAAUGUGGGAGGCAAAGGGGAUUGCUAUAAGUCUACCUAAUCAAUUUCUAUGGAAGGAAAAAAAGUUGUAAAAAUGAUGAUAUCAGGCAUUUUCAGUUCAAAUAUUUUAUAGACAACUACAUUUUUAAAGGAGUACAUUUUAAAUGUCUUCUAUAUAUGCUUCAGAAUCCUGAUCUUUUUAAAUAAAAAAAAAAAAAAAAGCCUUUCAUGACUCCUUUAGUCUGUUAGCAAUUUGGAGAAGAAUUGGAUAUUGGAGAAGAUAUUGGAGAA